AUGAGCCAACACCUCGAAGAAAAAGUGGUAAUAGCAGGCGAUUUUAAUGCUAUAACAAGCCAAGCAGAAAAGGAGGGUGGAGGCCAAAAAUCAGCAACCACCAUUGCAACAUUCACUAAUUUUAUUGACAGUAACGAAUUAGUGGAUAUUGGAAUGGUGGGGCACCCUUUCACGUGGACAAAUCAAAGACAAGGAGAGGAUUUGGUGAAGGAGAGGCUUGACCGCGAUUUAGUUGGGAUGGAAUGGAAGUUGAAGUUUCCGAAUGCAGUGGUGCACAGUCUCACAGAGUCAGGCUCGGAUCAUGCUCCACUUUUGAUGGAAACCGAACCUCAAUCCUGGCAUAGUAAAAGGCGGUUUAAAUACCAGGAACAUUGGUGUGGAGAAGAGGAUGUCAAGAGAAUUAAAACUCACAAAGCAAACUCUCGAAAAGAAAUUGGGGACCUUCAAGCUAAACUAGAGGAGUUGCGGGUGGCUGGAAUCAAUGGGGGAGAGGAGGUUACCAGUUUGGAGAAGAAGUUGGAGCUGGCAUAUUUGAAAGAAGAGAGCUAUUGGCGAGAAAAAUCUAGAGUCAAGUGGCUAAAAGAAGGAGAUUAG